GCGUAUUUCCGCAAAAGUUGGUAUCUUUAGCACAUGUGUAGCAUAACGUCAGCGUUAGCCAGGCAGACAAAAAUAGGUUUAAGGUGACAAUCGAUGUUACUAUCCGAAGGACCUCUUACUAAAGUAGUGGAGAUUACAGCUCUGAGGACUCUUACAUCGUCCAGUGUUAGUGACUAGCUUGCUAAAUAGAGCAGGCAAUGUUGUAAUAUACCGCUGAUGGUCGUUUUAAACUGUGUUAUGACUGUGGGUUGGGUUUUUUUGUUACCUUUAUGCUGGUUGCCUAACUAACCACUGAACGCAACAUGGGGCGGAAGAAACAUGGAAAAUUUGAGCGCCCCGAAAACAGGGGAAAAGAUAAACGGCACAAAAUGAAGGGAAAGUGUUUAGAGACUUUCACAGAAGACGUGCAUGCCGCAGUCGAAGCGAGUCUCCAUGCAGAGGAGGGGGCAGAGGCCGUUCAGGUGAAACUACCCUGCCCACUCGCUAUGUGGGAGUUGGGUCACUGUGAUCCCAAGCGCUGCACCGGCAGGAAGCUGGUGCGCAAGGGCUUUGUGCGUAACCUACGCCUUAACCAAAGGUUUAAUGGGCUGAUACUGAGUCCCAUGGGCACCAAGUAUGUGACUCCAGCAGACAGAGAGAUUGUGGCUCGGAAUGGACUGGCAGUGAUUGAUUGUUCCUGGGCCAAACUUGAAGAGACUCCCUUCAAUAAGAUGAUUGGAGCCCAUCCCAGGUUACUUCCUUACCUCGUAGCCGCAAAUCCAGUAAACUACGGGAAGCCUUGCAAGUUAUCCUGUGUCGAGGCUUUUGCUGCCACCUUCUGUAUUGUAGGUUUUAAUGACUUAGCAAUGCUUCUGCUGAAGAAGUUCAAGUGGGGGAUGGUGUUCCUGGAGCUCAAUAAAGAUCUACUGGAGCGCUAUGCAGCAUGCCAAUCGGAGGAAGAACUGCUUUCUGUGGAGAAAGACUACCUCACCGCUGUCCCAGAGAAGGAGGAAUUUGAUCCAUUUGAUGUUGACUCGGGAAGAGAAUGUAUGAAUCUCAACAGACCCAGAUGUGCUCCUGAGGAGGAGGAAGACUCGGAUGAAGAGGAAGACGUCUCUGAUGACAGCGAUGAAGCAGAAGACAAGGAAACAGAGGGAUAAUGACUCGUGAAACUUAACCAGGUUGUGAUGAAGAGAAAUUGUCAAAACAUCACACUGAAGAACAUUGUGGAAACCCAGCUUCAUAAAUCCAUCCAUCUGAACCGCUUAUCCUGCUCUCAGGGUCGUGGGGAUGCUGGAGGCUAUUCCAGCAGUCAUUGGGUGGCAGGCGGGGAGACACCCUGGACAGGCCGCCAGGUCAUCACAGCCCCCCCCCCCCACACACACACACACACACACACACUUAGGGGCAAUUUAGUACGGCCAGAUCACCUGACUUGCAUGUCUGGACUGUGGGAGGAAACCGGAGCCCCUGGAGGAAACCCAUGCAGACACGGGGAGAGCAUCCAAACAAAAGCAAAUGGACAAGACUAACCAAAAUUGUUUUGAAAAUAUGAUGAUUUUAAUGUGUCAUAGUACUCAACGUUUUGGCUAGACUUUUCAGUUUUGAUCGUGUCUUCACAACAAUAUGGAUAUUGCUUUAUGUAUGUGAGCACAGACAAAAUAAAUAUAUAUCUUCAUUAAA